CGUGUGAACUGAAAAACCGUUUUCUCGAAAAGGAAACAGAAAAAGCACCACAUUUCAGGAUGACUUUUCAAGUGUGUUUGAAUUUAUUAGGGUUGUGUUUCCUUUGCGUAAUAGUCUCCAUGUCUUCGCGAAUCUCUGAGGAAAUCCAAAAAGGCCAUUUGCUUACAACCACGAUUCGACUGGUUCAUUUGAUUUCGUUUGGAACUUGGUUCGGGAUGCAGUUUUGGGUGACAUUCAUUGCUGGUUACAAGAUGUACUUCACCCUGACAAGACACACCUUCGGUAAUUUACAAAGCCAACUGUUUCCAGUUUAUUUUACUGUGGGUUCGUGCUUAUCUACUGUUGCUUUGGUAACGUACUAUCUUAUGCAUCCAGUAGAGGUUUGGACUGGAGACGAAAAACUUCAGGUAUCAGGCUUGGCUGUUUCAAUGUUAGCCACGUUGAUAAACAAGUUCUACCUGGAGCCUAGAACCACUGCUAUGAUGCUAAAAAGGUACGCUUAUGAGAAGGAGCACGGAUACGGUGACGAUAUUGGGCCAAUCAAAGAUGAGGCCUUCAAGAUGGACGAAACUUACCUGAAGAUGACCCAUGAGUUCUGUAUGGUGCAUGGCUUUACAUCCAUGGCAAAUAUUCUGGCCUAUACUGGCAGUUUUUUACACGUCUGGUUAUUGGCCAAAAGUCAAGUUUUGGUGAUUUAAGAUAUUUUCUCCGAUGCAAAUUAAACUAUCAUAAGAAACGAAUUCUAGGAAUCUUUGUUAUGAAGUCACACAUCGUUUUAUUCGAUCGCACCAUAAAUUUAUCGGUGAAAUGGUUUUAACUUAUAGAGCCCACAACUACGUAUGCAGCGGUCGAACGUCGGGCAUGCGCUAGGGGAUCCAUUCUGGCCACCCGUGCGGCAAUUUCCCGCCCAAAAUUUUAAAGGAAAACAAAAGGAACCGCCGCUGUCUGGCGGCAGAGCUGAAUAACGAAAUGCUACGUCACACGCAUUCGGUCAAUAACGCAGGGUUUAUAAUUCAGCGGAAUUUGCGGAAAAAGGGGUUGGUAUUAAAAACUGAGGCAUUUUGUUGUCAUCGAAGGCAUUUAUUUAAUUUCAGUGAUUUAAGGAGAACAUUGACUUUUGUAUAUAUUUUGGGGGGAUGCAAAGUUGUUGGAGGUUUUUCUCUAAAAGAAAAGCGGCAAGGAAAACAACGCCUUAAAGAAACAGAACUGUAUGCGUAGACGUUAUUCAGCUCUGCCCUGUCUGGCAAAAUAAGCGAAAGAAAAUGAGUGAGCAAUUAUUCCCCAAUACUAAUAUUUAUUCUGGCUAAGAGAUAUUAAGAAACUCAUUCUGUUUCAUAUUUUUUCCUUCCAUUUUUGUAAAGGCGGUUUGGUAACAGUCCUAAAGAAUAUAUUUUGAAUAUUAUUGCGGUAUUUAAUUACUUAAAUUUAGUUGGUCUGCAAUGGAUAUUUAUGAAUAUUCUAUCACUUCCUCGGCGGCGCAGCCAGGAAUCUGAAUAUUGUAUGUCUGAGCUCUUGAUGGUUAGGUUGUAGUGUUCGUGGAAUUUUUACCGGAACACAAGCUACUUUGAAAAUUACAGUAUAAAUAUCA